AUUUACAGAUUUUUCCCCUAGGGGAGUUCACUCAGGAAAGUGCUGAUGAGUUUCACUUACUCCUGAGUCUGGUGGAUAUUGAAAGCUGUGACUGAACAACCCGAUGCUACUCUUCAUUUCCCUCUGACUGAGAGGCCUGCUCCCCAGAACAGCCAAGACCUGCUUGGAUCAGCUUUGAAUUCCUAUUUCUGCUAGCAGCUGCCUAGCAUGUCCAUGGGAUUUCACUGAGCCAGUUUAAGACUCGUAGUCAGACAGUUUAAACCCAUUAGCUCCCAGCUAGUGGAGUAAAUUUGCUCAGGCAAGUCCGGCUCUCAGGCAAUUUGGGCCAAUCAAAACCAAACUGAGAAACAAAAAACCUAUAAAUUUAAUAAAGGUUGUAGCCUGCAUUGAAAGAGCUAAACAAAAUGACUCUGGUUAGAUCACUGUCUGUGACCUCUCUUAAUGGGCUUCCUCAGUGGGAAGAUGAAGACCUGCCAGUGGAGGAUUUAUUGCUCUUUGAAGUGGCUUGGGAAGUUACCAAUAAAGUUGGUGGCAUCUAUACUGUGAUCCAGACAAAAGCCAAAAUUACUGCUGAUGAAUGGGGUGAAAAUUAUUUUCUGAUCGGUCCCUAUUUUGAGCAAAACGUGAAGACUCAGGUAGAGGUGUGUGAGCCGCCAAACCCAGCAAUUAAGAAGGCAGUGGACACAUUGAAAGGUCAGGGGUGUCAGGUAUUUUUUGGAAGAUGGCUGAUAGAAGGCAGCCCAUAUGUGAUGCUCUUUGACAUAGGGUCAGCAGCCUGGAAUCUGGACAGAUGGAAAGGAGAAUUCUGGGAUGCAUGCAACAUAGGAAUCCCUUUUCAUGACAGAGAGGCCAACGAUGCACUGAUCUUUGGAUCGUUAACUGCCUGGUUCUUUAAAGAGCUCUCCAGCCAGUUUGAUGACACACCCAACUUGAUUGCCCACUUUCACGAAUGGCAGGCAGGCGCUGGGCUCAUCCUUUCUCGAUUUAGGAAACUUCCAGUUGCCACAAUCUUUACUACCCAUGCCACACUUCUCGGGAGGUACUUGUGUGCUGCAAAUAUAGAUUUCUAUAACAAACUUGACCAGUUUGAUAUAGACAGAGAAGCAGGAGACAGACAGAUUUACCACCGGUACUGUAUGGAACGAGCAUCUGUACAUUGUGCUCAUGUUUUCACCACGGUUUCUCAGAUAACAGCCAUAGAAGCAGAGCACAUGCUUAAGAGAAAAGCUGAUGUCAUUACUCCAAAUGGCUUGAACAUUAAGAAAUUUUCAGCAAUGCAUGAGUUUCAGAAUUUGCAUGCCAUGUACAAGGCUAGGAUCCAAGAGUUCAUCCGAGGCCAUUUCUACGGCCAUCUUGACUUCAACCUUGCAAGGACCUUGUUUUUCUUCAUUGCUGGGAGAUAUGAAUAUUCAAACAAAGGAGCUGAUAUAUUUCUAGAGGCCUUAUCCAGAUUAAACUUCCUGCUUAGGGUUCACAGAAGUGAUGUUACAGUCGUCGUGUUCUUCAUCAUGCCAGCGAAGACGAACAAUUUCAACGUGGAAACACUGAAAGGCCAAGCAAUACGAAAGCAACUGUGGGACACCGCACAAUCUGUGAAAGAAAAAUUUGGAAAGAAACUCUAUGAUGCACUCCUGAAGGGAGAAAUUCCAGAUUUGAACAAGAUUCUUGACCGGGAUGACUUAACCAUUAUGAAAAGAGCCAUCUUUUCAACUCAGCGGCAGUCUCUGCCUCCAGUGACCACCCACAACAUGAUUGAUGAUUCCAAUGACCCAAUCCUCAAUACCAUCCGGCGCAUCGGACUCUUCAAUAACCGCACGGACAGAGUUAAAGUGAUAUUACACCCAGAGUUCCUGUCUUCAACAAGUCCAUUAUUACCCAUGGACUAUGAAGAUUUUGUCAGAGGUUGCCAUUUGGGGGUGUUUCCAUCCUAUUAUGAGCCAUGGGGUUACACUCCAGCUGAGUGCACUGUGAUGGGCAUUCCCAGUGUGACCACAAACCUCUCUGGAUUUGGCUGUUUCGUGCAGGAGCAUGUAGCUGACCCAGCGGCGUAUGGCAUUUACAUAGUUGACAGGAGGUUCCGCUCCCCCGAUGAAUCGUGUAACCAGUUGACUCAGUUCUUGUAUGGAUUUUGCCAGCAGUCACGGCGCCAGAGGAUUAUCCAGAGAAAUCGAACGGAGAGGCUCUCAGAUCUACUAGACUGGAGAUACUUAGGCAGGUACUAUAUGCAUGCCAGACACCUGGCUCUGAGCAGAACUUUCCCAGAUAAAUUUGAGAUGGAACCAAAUGCUCCACCAAAGACAGAUGGUUUUAGGUACCCUCGGCCUUCAUCAGUGCCCCCAUCACCUUCCGCGUCUCAACAUUCCAGCCCUCAUCAUAGCGAAGGGGAGGACGAAGAUGAGGAUGAAAGAUAUGAUGAGGAGGAAGAGGCCGAAAGGGACAGGCAAAACAUAAAGUCACCUUUUUCCCUCGGAGUACUGCCACAAGGAAAGAAAAAGCAACAUGGAGAAUAUAGGAACUGAAUUCCUUUGCUGUCAUCCCAACGCGGUCUUCAUCCAUUAAAGAGCAUCCAAGUGUAGGCUAGUCAAUCUCUCUGAGUUAAGGGCAGUGCAGUGUGGUUAGGGAACCUUAAAUAAGCAUUAUUUGGGUUAAACUGUUUGAAAACCUAACUAUAUUUUACCUUACAAGUGAAUGGUAACUCUACUCUCUGCCUCAGAGGUAGAAGAGCAUUUUCAAACCUUAUUUAACCUAGAGGAUGUGGCAAUCCCUGUGUGAUAACUCCAGCUAGAUUGCACAUACUGUAGAUUAUAUUUUUGUCUGUAUAAUUAUUUGAGCUUACUUGUAAUUCAUGAAGACAAGUCCAUUAUAGUCACUACGAAAGAAUGCAUACUUCCAUCCUUUCCACUCCCUAGCAAACAGACACCACCUUUGGGCCCCGACUGGAAUGUUUUAAAGAAAUCGUUACCUGGGGAAACCUUGGCACAGUUAAGAAAAUGGUUUUUUCCCUCUCCUGUUCUAAACCUACAUCACUUUUUAAAAAAAAAAUGCUUAAAGUGAAAAGAAAUGUCUUGAUGCUACUUGUGGGAAAAUAUCUGGUGGUGUUUUGUAAGAUGACUUCAUAUGAAAAUGCCUGUGGAGUUGUCUAGAACCACAAAAAACAGCAGACUGUUUUUCUGGUUUCUUUCGAAUGCUACAUUUUAUUGCAUUUUUUUCCUCUUCACUGAGGUAUGUUGAUGAAGUUGGGGAGAUACAUUCAUGUGACUUGGCUCAAAAAAGUGAUAAAAUUCCUGGAAAUGAUUCCUUGCCUCUGUGAAUAAAUCCACAUGCCAUAUUGUGUUGUAAUAACAUUGUCUCAAAAAUCUAAAUUUAAAAGCCUGAGCUCUGUCUGUCCUUGGGAGUUUUCUAGUCCAAGGCUACCACCUAUGAAAAUACAUGAGUUAGCAGUGCCUACGGUUAAGUGUGCUGUGGUACUACCAGAGCCAACUGAGGUCAGGGCACUAUUGGGCUAGACCUUGUUCAGUCAUGUGAUGAGGAAGUGUCCUUGCCCGGAAGAGUUCACAAUCUGAAUAGACUGAAUAAAAGAGGGAAAACAAAGGCACAGAGAUGCAAUGACUCACUCAAGAACACCAGACAGCAGAGCUGUGAACAGAACCCAGUUCUCAAGUCCUAGUACAAAUCUCUAGUCAGUAGACACAACGGCUAAUUGUUCUAACUGUAAUGCAGGGAAAACAAAUGGGCCCACCUUUUGUGCAUUGUCUACCAAAUGUGAGAGGGCAUCCUUUUACAAUAUCUGACAAAACCCCCUGAAAUGAAAGAUGCUACACCAAAAAAAUAACAAAGUGAACUUGAAAUAGUGAGUAGUGCUUUCCUCAGGCCACAUGGACAUUUACCCUGUGAUCGACUCUCUCGAGAUUGGUCUUCCAGAGUUCAAAUUAGCAGGUCUAGUAAGGUCCUGCUAAAUUGACUGCUGAUGUUGCCUCCAUCAACCCUGGUACUCUAUAGUGUCGCGAGGAGUAAGGGAAGUCAACAGGAGAGUUUCUCCGCUCCACCUCUUGCAUUGGGGCCACUGCAGAAAUUUAAGCUAUAUUGACUCCAACCACACUAUUCUUGUAGCUGGAAUUGUGUAUCUUAGGUUGACUUUCUCACGUAGUAUAGAACUGGCCUUAGUCAGCCCUGACGUAUCCUGUUUCAAUAUUCAGUUCAGCGUGCAAGCCAAGAGUGCAUUGUCUAUAGAGUUCUCUUUUGUUUCUAUGACCUAGCACAGUAUUUCUUAAACUUUUUAAGAUGGAGGAACACCAAACAAUUUUUUUUGUUGAGCCAAAAAAAAAAAGUUGGGGGGGGGAGGGGAAUUAUUGAAGAGGGAAAAAAGUGUUGGGGGAAAGCUAGAGCAAAAAAAAAUCGCCUGCCCCUUUAAAGGUGGCCAUUUUGAAUUCUGUUGUUCUCUGCAGCACACCUCCGACUGCUUCACGGCACACCCGUGUGCCGCGGAACACAGUUUAAGAAACACUGAUUUAGCAUGUCUAAGGUAAAUGAGUUACAGUAAUAAGUUGUGAGUAAAAUUUUAAAAGAACCUAAGUCCCCUUUUCAAAAGAGAAUUAGGCCCAGAUCCUCAAUGGGAACAAGGUACUUAAAUAUGUUUGGAUAUCAGUCACCUAGGAGUGAAUUACAAUGAAACUUGGGCUCCUAACUGCCUAAGGACCGGAUACUUAAAGGAUUUUUAAAAGCACAUAAAGCUCCAUUGAGAUUUACUUCUGAAGUCACUUGUUAAAAAUGGAACUUAUUGUUCCUAAGCCCUGCAGGUGCUUUUAAAAAUGUGAUGCUAAAAGAAAACAUCAGGUUUGUGUGGCACAAAGAUAAAUGUGCAGCUCAGAUCAGUCACUGCCUUGUGAUGAUAAAGAAAACUAAAUCAACCAAGAUAUUUUCCUGUGAAAUUGUAUUGCAGAAUGAUCAAAGCCAUUUAUAUUACACUGUAAACAUCUUAUUUUGAAAACUUCCUGAAUUGGAGGGGAGUGGGAGCAAGAGAACAGCUGGAUUUCACCAUAAAACUGUUCAAAAUGAA